AUGCAAGGCAUGAUGAAUGGGAAGCCUGUCCUCAAUCAAUCUGGGACUCCUGAGUUUGUUUUCCGCGUCUUCACCACUGUCCCUGAAUUCCAGGCUCUCCUCUUCCUCCUCUUUGUCCUGCUGUAUUUGAUGAUCCUCUGUGGUAAUACAGCCAUCAUCUGGGUGGUGUGCACCCACAGCUCCCUACACACGCCCAUGUAUUUCUUCCUUGGCAGUCUGUCUGUCUUGGAAAUCUGCUACACCACAGAUGUAGUACCUUUAAUGCUUUCUAACAUCUUUGGGGCCCAGAAACCCAUAUCACUGGCUGGUUGUGGGACACAAAUGUUCUUCUUUGUAACUUUAGGAAGCACUGACUGCUUUCUCUUGGCAGUCAUGGCCUAUGACAGGUAUGUGGCCAUCUGCCACCCUCUACACUACAGCCUCAUCAUGACCCAGAAACUGUGUAUCCAGAUGGUGAUGGGCUCUUUGAGUUUGGCGCUAUUUCUCUCCCUCCAGCUCACUGCCUUAAUUUUCACCUUGCCCUUCUGUGGACAUGACAGGGAAAUAAACCACUUCCUCUGUGAUGUGCCCCCAGUUCUCCGCCUAGCUUGUGCUGACAUUCAUGUGCACCAGGCAGUCCUCUAUGUAGUGGGCAUACUGGUGCUGACUGUCCCAUUCCUGCUGAUAUGUAUCUCCUAUGUGUUCAUUGCUUCUACAAUUCUACGCAUGCACUCUGCAGAGGGUCGCCAGAGGGCUUUCUCUACCUGCUCCUCCCACCUCACUGUGGUCUUGCUGCAGUAUGGAUGCUGUAGCCUCGUAUACCUGAGGCCUCGCUCCAGCACCUCAGAGGAUGAGGACCGCCAAAUCGCUCUGGUCUAUACUUUUGUCACCCCAUUACUCAACCCUCUGAUUUACACUCUUCGAAAUAAAGAUGUGAAAGGCGCGCUGAGGAACUCCAUCUUCCAUAAAGCAGUCUGA